CCCCGAGGUAGAGAUAGCCUGUGGCCUCGCUGGUCGGCUCUGACAAGUUCAGGUUGGGGUAACUUAGGCCUUGCUACGGUCUUGUAGCGUGUGGGUCCCGGGCGGAAGCCCCGAGUGCGUGGAGCCGUCAGGGAAGACCGGCCGGGUGGGCUGGAAGGGAUGCGGGCUCUGCGUUCCGUUUCAGAGUCCCUCGGGUAGAAGUUCGUCUGUAGUGGCAGCACCGCCUUCGCAGAGUGACCACUCUGAGCUGUCUGUCACCGUGGAUCCGAAAGAGUUUGGAAUCGGGUGUUUUUUUUCUGACGUACCUGAACACAGAACCCCAGGGUACUUGGAGAGGAACCUGGUCCUAGAGGAACUCUACCAUAAAAAUGAGCCCCGCAGAUCCGCUUGAUGAUGAAGACACAUUUAAAAUCCUGGUUGCCACUGAUAUUCAUCUUGGAUUUAUGGAAAAAGAUGCAGUUAGAGGAAAUGACACAUUUGUGACAUUUGAUGAAAUUUUAAGACUUGCCCUGGAAAAUGAAGUGGAUUUUAUUUUGUUAGGUGGUGAUCUUUUCCAUGAAAACAAGCCCUCAAGGAAAACCCUGCACAGCUGCUUAGAGCUGCUUAGGAAGUACUGUAUGGGUGACCGCCCCGUGCAAUUUGAGAUCAUCAGUGACCAGUCAGUCAACUUUGGUUUUAGUAAGUUUCCAUGGGUGAACUACCAGGAUGGCAAUCUCAACAUCUCCAUUCCAGUGUUUAGUAUCCACGGCAACCAUGAUGAUCCCACAGGGGCAGAUGCCCUCUGUGCCCUGGAUGUUUUAAGCUGUGCUGGGUUUGUGAAUCACUUUGGACGGUCAAUGUCUGUGGAGAAGGUUGACAUUAGUCCAGUUCUGCUGCAGAAAGGAAGCACAAAACUCGCUCUGUACGGCUUAGGGUCCAUUCCAGAUGAAAGGCUCUAUCGGAUGUUUGUCAAUAAGAAAGUAACGAUGUUGAGGCCUAAGGAAGACGAGAACUCAUGGUUUAACUUAUUCGUGAUUCAUCAGAACAGGAGUAAACACGGAAGCACCAACUUCAUCCCAGAGCAGUUUUUGGAUGACUUCAUUGACCUGGUCAUCUGGGGCCAUGAACAUGAGUGUAAAAUCGGCCCAACCAGGAAUGAGCAGCAGCUCUUCUAUGUGUCUCAGCCUGGAAGCUCGGUGGUGACGGCCCUUUCCCCUGGAGAAACUGUGAAGAAACAUGUAGGCCUUUUACGCGUUAAAGGGAGAAAGAUGAACAUGCAGAAGCUGCCUCUCCGCACAGUGCGACAGUUCUUCAUGGAAGAUGUGGUCCUGGCUAACCACCCAAGCCUGUUCAACCCUGACAAUCCUAAGGUGACCCAGGCCAUCCAGAGCUUCUGUUUGGAGAAGAUUGAAGAAAUGCUUGACAGUGCUGAGCGGGAACGGCUGGGGAAUCCUCAGCAGCCGGAGAAGCCUCUCAUCCGACUACGGGUGGACUACAGUGGAGGCUUUGAACCUUUCAACGUUCUUCGUUUCAGCCAGAAGUUUGUGGAUCGGGUUGCUAACCCAAAAGAUGUCAUCCACUUUUUCAGACACAGGGAACAAAAAGGAAAAACAGGAGAAGAGAUCAACUUUGGGAAGCUCAUCAUAAAGCCUGCUUCAGAAGGAACGACGCUCAGAGUAGAAGACCUUGUAAAGCAGUAUUUCCAAACUGCAGAGAAGAAUGUUCAGCUCUCACUGCUGACAGAAAGAGGGAUGGGUGAAGCGGUUCAAGAGUUUGUGGACAAGGAAGAGAAAGAUGCCAUCGAGGAAUUAGUGAAGUACCAGCUGGAGAAAACGCAGCGGUUUCUUAAGGAGCGCCACAUCGAUGCUCUAGAAGACAAGAUUGAUGAAGAGGUCCGACGUUUCAGAGAAAGCAGACAGAGAAAUACCAACGAAGAAGACGAUGAAGUUCGAGAGGCCAUGAGCAGGGCCCGGGCCCUCAGGUCACAGUCAGAGAACGCCGCCUCAGCCUUCAGUGCAGAUGACCUGAGUUUUGAUAUAACGGAGCAGACAGCAGAUGACUCUGACGAUAGCCAGUCAGCAGUGCCGAGCCGAGGCCGAGGUCGCGGCCGAGGACGAAGAGGAGGCAGAGGGCAGAGCACUACACCCAGAGGAGGCUCUCAGAGAGGCCGAGACACUGGGCUGGGGAUCUCUACUCGGGGCAGGAGCUCAAAGGCCACUGCGUCAACAUCUAGAAAUAUGUCCAUUAUAGAUGCUUUCAGAUCUACCCGACAGCAGCCUUCCAGAAAUGUAGCCACUAAGAAUUACUCAGAGACCAUUGAGGUGGAUGAAUCUGAUGAUGAUGACAGUUUUCCUACCAGCUCCAGGGCUGAUCAAAGGUGGUCGGGCACAGCACCUAGCAAACGGAUGUCCCAGAGCCAGACAGCCAAAGGGGUGGACUUUGAAUCAGACGAGUCUGCACCCAUCAACUCGGGACACCUGAAAUGCUCCAGCUACUUUUUCUAGCAAAAGCUGAAGACAGCUUUACUCAGUUCUUCCUCUGUCUGCCUGAAACCAGUCUAUUCUGUUGUGAAAGGGUGAUGGGAAACAAGAGUCACAGUCCUUGGGACUUUUCUCUGUGACUACCUUGUCUGUUGACUCAAUUUCCAAGAGGGUAGAAGAGUGAAUAAGUCUAGGUGUGGCCAAUGAGACUCAGUGGUGAAGCGACUGCCACACAAGCCCAGCUGCCACUGCACAAGCUGGCGGCAGCGCAAGUUUGUGAGCCCUGAGGCCCACAAAGGUAGGAUGGAGAAAGUGUUUCUGUGAAGUUGUCCUGAUGGAGCACACAACUGUGCAUGGAAGGGCACACAUAUACACAGUCGUAUUAAUAAUAAUAGUAAUGAUAAUGGGAAUGAGAAAACUUCACGAACAGAAUAAAAAAUGACGUGAAUAUUUUCUGUCCUGGCUCUCCUACACCUCAUACUUUUACUAAGGUUUGUGACUGGAAAAAGUGUGUGCAUUGUGUGUUACAGAUGUGUGCA